AUGACAAGAACCCCUAUUAACAUAGAUGCUACAACUAAUGUUGAGUUUGACAAUAUUAGCCGUUUGUUCUCCACAAAUGAAAAUGCUCAUAAUUGUAACAAAAAAAUGCUAUAUACAUUGAAACAUCCUGUUGCACGUAGUCUCGCAACAAAAGUAGGAAGUGUACAUCAAGCAAAAGAUUUUUCAAAUGAUGAACUUGAUCUAGAGAUAUUGAUCAGCAAUAAUUCAAGGGUGAUGUUGACUUCAAAUAUUUGGAUACAAGCAAGACUUGUAAAUGGAGCUCUAGGAUAUGUUCGAAAGAUUAUCUAUAAACCAGGAAGUUCUCCACCUGAACCACCAUCAUAUGUCAUGAUUGAAUUUGACAAUUAUACAGGAAUACCAUUUGAAGAUCAUCAUCCAAAUAUAAUUCCAAUUACACCUAUACAAAGGGGUGGGGACAUUUUAGUUACCAUUGAGAUUGGCAUGGGCAUUGAAUAUACAUAA